AAUGUCACCAGUGCGCGUAGUCGGGACUGGAGCCUGUGAUAAAUCUCUCUGUUCCUGUCAAAAACACAGCUGAGCGAUGACUCAAUUGUCAGCGGCUGUGAAAUAGAUCCAGUUGUUGCUAUAUGCCCCGUUAAUCUGGAGGAGAAUUAAACAAAUUAGAUAUUGAUCUCGAGCGGAUCGUAUAUCAAACAGACGGGGAAGUAUUGAUUUAUACCAUUUUGGACUAGUCCUUGAACGGAAUAUUCCUAUAUCUAGAUUCUACAGGAAGGCUGUUUUGAUGUCUGCGCAGCGGGAGUCUCUAUGGCUGUGUGGACACAUCACUCUGGGCUACGGGCUCAUUCUCCUGGUCGCCCUUCCAGACCUCACCACAGGCAGGCAAGGGAACUGCAGCCACCCACUGGUGCCAGAACACGGGGGCUUCCGCUGCGAGCCCUCCCCCUGCCGAGGCUUCCCCCAGAAGAGCUUGAUCUACUACUUCUGUGAGCCCGGCUACACCAUCCCAAAAGAGGUGCACAGCUCGCACUGCCGCCACGGCAAAUGGAUCCCCAGCGUGCCCACCUGUCUGUCCACAGCAGACAGACAUGUUAACUAUGAGGACCAGGUGGCCCACUCACUCCCUAGCGUUGCCACGACGGCGGUGGGCGUGUCCAUAUUUCUUCUCACCACCACGGCCUGCUUGGUGAUCAAGUCCCGCCUUUUUCCCUGUCACUCACACAGGCGCUCCUCUGACCAGAUGGAUCUGAUGGUGGAUGGCCUGCCUGUGUCUCUGCCCACCUAUGAGGAGGCUGUCUAUGGGAGCUGGGGGCAACACCUGCCCCCCUGCAGAGGGCCCACCCAGCUCCUAUUGGCCCAGGAGGCUCCAGGUCCAUCAUUAGCUCACAACCAAUCAGAUACCAGUCACCUUAUCCCUCAAUCCAAUCAAAGCCCCGAGAUCCUUCCGCCCCCUUACGAGGAGAUCCAAUCCCGUCCCAGAGAGAGUCAGAGUGAGGUGGACGUGCGGGCCAUACAAGUUGCACUUCCCGAUGACAAGGACAUUUGAGUGACUGGCGUAUUUAUGUUACCCACCAAUGAUGUACUGACUUGUAAAAUCAUGUGCUCAGGCACUUGCAGUGGGGCAAAAAAGUAUUUAGUCAGCCACCAAUUGUGCAAGUUCACCCACUUAAAAAGAUGAGAGAGGCCUGUAAUUUUCAUCAUAGGUACACUUCCACUUUGACAGACAAAAUUAGACAAAAAAUCCAGAAAAUCACAUUGUAGGAUUUUUUAUGAAUUUAUUUGCAAAUUAUGGUGGAAAAUAAGUAUUUGGUCACCUAUAAACAAGCAAGAUUUCUGGCUCUCACAGAUCUGUAACUUCUUCUUUAAGAGGGUCCUCUUGUCCUCCACUCGUUACCUGUAUUAAUGGCACACCUUGCACAAUUGGUGGCUGAGUACAUACUUUUUUGCCCCACUGUAUAUGGAUUCAAGCCUACCAGCAUGGAUCGACUUUCUUUUCAGGUUUCAACCUUAUACAUAGCACACCAGUUCUGAUUGGCUGUUGGUAAUGUUAUGAGACGUUUCCUGCCAUGGAGACAUGGUUUAUAUCCCAUCAGUGAUGGGACCUGAGCCUCGUUUGUUGAGGUGACUUUGGUAAUGAUAUUACUGUUACAUCACAGGGACCUGCGUGUCCUUUUUGUUGGUUUAUGAUUUGCGAUGAUGGCAGAGUUGUAGCGUUGAUAUAGAAACCAGCAGACUGACCCUGUUCCCGCCUUGCACCUCUCCCCUAUCUGCUUUGAAUUACUGACCAGAAUUUGGGGAGGGUUUGGGGUAGAAACCCCCAGGAUGUACUUAUUUGUUAUAGACCUUGAAUGUAGUUGUUUCUCUUUUUCUUUUCAAUAGAAAAAAAUGUAAUGGAUGUAUGUAAUGUAACAUUUACAUAAUAUUGCAAUUAUUGCAUUGCACAGAAGAUUAAACGUCAACAUUGUUUCUAAUUGUACUAUAGGCCUCCCGGGUGGCGCAGUGGUUGUGCCACCAGAGAUUCUGGGUUCGCGCCCAGGCUCUGUCGCAGCCGGCCGCGACCGGGAGGCCCAUGAGGCGGUGCACAAUUGGCCUAGCAUCGCCCGGGUUAGGGGAGGGUUUGGCCGGUAGGGAUAUCCUUGUCUCAUCGCGCUCUAGCGACUCCUGUGGCGGGCCGGGCGCAGUGCACGCUGACCAGUUCGCUAGGUGUACGGUGUUUCCUCCGACCCAUGGUGCGGCUGGCUUCCGGGUUGGAUGUGCGUUGUGUCAAGAAGCAGUGCAGCUUGGUUGGGUUGUCUUUCGGAGGACGCAUGGUUCUCGAUCUUCGCCUCUCCCGAGUCCGUACGGGAGUUACAGCGAAUUGGAUACCACGAAAAGGGGGUAAAAUACAUUUUUAGAAAGUAGGGAAUAGGGCACUAUUUGGGACACCACACAGACAGAGCUAGUGUAAUAACCAGCUCAUGUUGAAUAAUUAAGUUCUAUUUGGGAAUUUCAGCUUAAAGUGGCAAUCAGCAGUUGAAACAAUAAGUCACCCAUUUCAGUAAAAAGCUGAAGGAUGGGCCUGAGAAAUGUAACCACACUCAAAUUCAUAGGCAGGACUGACCAUCCAUGAUAUAAAAAGGAUAGUUUUAGGCAAGUUGUAACAUGGGAUCUGACAUUCUGACCAACUCAUUCUUCCGUUAUGUUACACAGAACUUUGUACAAACAGGAUGGCCAGGGAAAGGCACUGUGAGGGAAGUGGAGUAGACUCACUUUAACUGCUAACUGUGUCCAAAUGGAGAAGUACAACAUCCGCUUAUGAGGAAUGCAGAACUACUAUACUGACCUAUUUACUGAAAUAAGUUGAGAAACUACUGUGUGUUCAGCCCUGAUUUGAGGUUGUAGUUAGUCAAUGGAAAGACCCAUUGACAAAACAAGAGUUGGUGCAUUAUGGUUGUUUCCCCAUCAAACAGUUUCAAGCAGGAAGUGAUAUGUAAUAGAACAUAGUUCCACAGGUUUUGGGGGGAGGGGGGGGCGCAUUCGGUCUUCAACGCGGUCCGGAAAGUCGUGCUGAACAUUUUUCCUCGCCACGUUAAAACUUGCAAAAAAAUUGUCCUCUAUCAAUCGUAUUUGUAAUUUCCGAUGCUCCCUGACUGUCUAGCUUAAUUUCUGUGAUUAUUAGUGAACUGGACACAGUCAAGAAACUAUGAAUGUAGGUCCAUUAUCAUUUUACACAGUUUAGAUUUGGUUUUAGUCAUUUUAAAGUAUAUGGAGUUUGUUUCCCCCACCCCCCAAAAAAUACAUACUGCGGGCCGGAUCUGGCCCGCGGGCCGUAUGUUUGACACCUCUACUCUAAAGUGCCAGUUCAUUUGUAACUAUUGUGAAAUAUUGUGGCCAUUAUACAUAUGGGUGUUAUGUUCAUGACAUGUUCAACUUAUUUGGCACCGACAAACUUAAAGGUGAUGCCAUUUACACAUGGUGUGCUGUGUUUAGAGCGACUAAUGUGUCGACUACACCGUUAUACAAUUUAUAACUAGUCUGGGGGUACUGCAUAAUCUUGCCCCUGCAUAAACUUUACAUUAACUGAAUAAAACUAGGUCAGAAGUAACCUAAUCUCUCAUUGACAGACGUAUGUAACAUAACUGAGAUUUUUUAGUUCUGAGUUUCCAAGAUUAGCUUGUUUUUUUCCCGGGGGAAACAAAGGAGCAUUAUUAAAUAUCAAGUAAAGAAACAAGCUGCAAUCUGAAGUCAGGCAGCAACCUGCACUAUGAAAAUAUGAAACUACCAUAAACACCACAAGAUGGCAGUAUUUCUUUACAUUACAUACUCUUGAAUAAAAAGUGCAUUUAUAUCCA